AUGGCCUCGCACGAAAACAAACCGGACCCAAGUCUCAACCCCCAAAAUCAUCCUCCAUCCUCCUACAAUCUCGACGACAACAGCUCCAAAACCUGCAUUCUCCCCGACGGACGCAAGCUAGGAUACGCAGAAUACGGCUCGCCAACCGGCCACGCAAUUCUCUACCAACAUGGCUUGCCCGGCUCCCGUCUCGAAGCCUCCUCCUACCACGACCUCGCCAUCACCCUCAACGCCAGGAUCAUCGCCAUCGACCGACCCGGCAUAGGUCUCAGCUCCCCCCAAGCAUCCCGGACCCUUCUCUCCUGGCCCAAAGACGUCGAAAACCUGACCCAGCACCUCGGCUUAACGUCGUACUCCGUACUGGGCGUAUCGGGCGGCGGCCCCUACGCCCUCGCCUGCGCCUUCGCCCUCCCCGCCACCCACCUAAAAUGCGUCUCUGUAAUCUGCGGCCUGGGACCCCCGGACAUGAGUAUGUGGAAAGCCGACAUGGUACACUGGAUUAGUUUCCCCUACGGCUGGCGCUUCGCCCCGGAGUUUUUACUAGAAAUGUUCUUCAGGCUCGAUGUUUUUGGUCGCAUGGAGCUGAGUGAUGAGGACAAGCUCGAGAAGAUGAUGCAGCCUGAGCGUCUUGCUUCGAUUGAGAAUACAAAGAAUCGACGCAUUCUGAGUGAUGAGGCGUUUUUGAAAGUGGCGCUUAGGGCGGGUCGCGAGUCGCAGAGGCAGGGAUUCGGGGGUGUGGCGCUGGAUGGGAGGGUGGUGUGUCGGGGGUGGGGAUUCAAGAUUGAAGAUAUUAGAAGGGAGUUACCGGUUAAGCUGUGGUAUGGUAAAGAUGAUGUUUUUAUUCCGCCGAAUAUUGGGAUUGAGACUGCGGCGAGGCGGGAGGGUGCUGGGGGGAAGGUUGUGUUGAGGUUGGAGGAGGAUGAUACGCAUUAUAGUAUUUCGCAGGAUUGGAAGAAGGAGCAGCUUGAGGCUAUUCUUGUGGAGAUGCGGGAGUGA